GAUACACAUACUACAAUUCUUAGUAGAGAGAGAGAGAGAGGGCAGGAGAGAGAAUCCUACAGAGCUUAGAACCCUUAACACUGACCAUUAAAGAAACAGAAUGCUCCCAUAGAAAGUAGAUAGAGAAAGGGUUGUAGUGAGAGAAAGAUCUAGAGAGAAAAACUUGAAAUGGGUCUUCUAGACACUGAUUUACAGGGCCAAAAUCACAGGUGCGUGUUGGUUAAUGGCCCCAUAAUCAUAGGUGCAGGCCCUUCUGGCCUUGCAGCCUCUGCAUGUCUCAGAAGCCAUGGCGUCCCCUCCAUUAUUCUUGAAAAAACAGAUUGCAUUGCCUCUCUGUGGCAAUAUAGAGCAUAUCAUAGGCUGAAACUCCAUCUUCCAAAACAUUUCUGUGAGCUGCCAUUAAUGGAUUUUCCUCCGAAUUUUCCAUUGUAUCCAACAAAGCAGCAAUUCAUUUCUUAUAUAGAAUCAUAUGCUGAAAAAUUUGAAAUCAGGCCGGAGUUUAACCGACUGGUUAAAUCAGCUUCUUAUGAUCCAGUCUGUGGGUUCUGGAGAGUGAAAACAGCGGAUUUAUCAAAUGGGUUCUUGGGGAAUUUUGUGGAGUACAUUGGGAAAUGGUUGGUGGUGGCCACCGGUGAGAAUGCAGAGCCAUUGAUACCCGAAAUCGAUGGUUUGAAUAAGUUUUUGGGCCCUGUGUUACAUACGAGUGUGUAUAAAACAGGGGAGGAGUUCAAAGAACAGAAGGUUUUGGUGGUGGGGUGUGGGAAUUCCGGCAUGGAGGUCUGCUUGGACUUGUGCAGUCAUGGUGCUGAGGCUUACAUGGUUGCUAGGAACUCUGUGCACAUUCUACCUAGAGAUAUGUUUGGGAUAUCUACUUUUGGAGUAGCCAUGAGUUUGCUCAACUUCUUCCCUUUGAAAUUAGUGGACAAGUUUCUACUACUAAUGGCUAACUUGAUGCUGGGUAGAACUGAGAAAUAUGGGCUUAGAAGGCCCAGUAUUGGGCCCAUCGAGCUGAAGAACGGGUCAGGGAAAACCCCAGUAUUGGAUGUGGGUGCACUCUCUAAAAUCAAGAGUGGGGGCAUCAAGGUCAUGGGUGGGGUGAAAGAAGUGACGCACCGUGGAGCCAAAUUCGUGAACGGAGAAGAAAAGGAAUUCGACGCCCUUAUCUUGGCCACCGGCUACAAGAGCAACGUUCCCACUUGGCUCAAGGAAUGUGAUUUCUUUUCGGAAGAUGGAAUGCCCAAAAUGCCAUUUCCCAAUGGAUGGAAGGGGGAGAAGGGGCUAUAUAGUGUGGGCUUCACUAAUAGAGGCAUAUUGGGUGCUGCCCAAGAUGCUAGGAAAGUUGCAUCAGAUAUAGCUUUGGAGUGGAGAAAAUUUAGCCAGUUCAAGCGUUUCAUAGUCAUCAAACCAUCAUUAAAAUAGAUGAUUGUUUCAAGUUUUCUCCUCUCUUUACCUUGUGUUAUUGCUUUUUUUUCUUAUUUUUGGUGGGUCCUUUUUUUAUUAUUAUUAUUUCUUUUCGUUUUUACUUUGGGAGAAAAGGGUGUACGUAGAAAAAGAACCCGGGCUUAAUUGAUUAACACUUGACGAUUUGCAUCGCUACGUCCUAAUCUCAAUCCUACCAAGGGGGAGGGCCCUCUCCCAGACUCGCCA